AACCUCCAGGACAGCAGCAGACAGCAGCCUCAGGACACCCCAGGAAUCCGGACUUCAAACGCCCUCCUCCCCAAAUGUAAGUCUUUAUGAGGGCAGCCUUGGGCCGCGAAACUUAGAGGAUGAAUAUGGACAAAGCCUUCUGACAAGAGACUUGCAGAAGCUCUGACUGCAUACAGACUGGAUAAAAACGGGCUUUUCUCUUUGACUUACAUGAUAAACACCUUCAAUUUCGUAUUUAUUCGUUCGGGUAAAUUUCUUUUAAGUAAAGAUGGUGGCACUGGAAUCCUUUGCCUAAAAUCUUAGGAUACUGCCCGAGUAGCACCGUAAAAGGAUCCGAGUCCCUGGCUCCCUGGGAUUUCUUGCUGUAAUGAAUUGUGUGCUUUCCCCUCCAGAAAGGCCUUUCACGUCUAGUCUUUGGAUGACAAGAGCUCUUGAAGUCAUGAUAGCUCCACAGCUUCUCUCUGCUCUCACUUUUGGGCUUCUCCUGGUCAGGGAGAGUGGCGCCUGGUCUUACAACGCCUCCACCGAACUCCUGACUUUUGAUGAGGCCAGCGCCUACUGCCAGCAAAGGUACACCCACCUGGUUGCGAUUCAAAACCAGGAAGAGAUCCAAUACCUGAACUCCAUAUUCCGCCACUCCCCCACUUACUACUGGAUUGGGAUCAGAAAGGUCAACAAUCGGUGGGUCUGGAUAGGGACCCAGAAACCUCUGACCGAGGAAGCUAAGAACUGGGCUCCAGGCGAACCGAACAAUAAGGAGACCAACGAGGACUGCGUGGAGAUUUACAUCAAGAGGGUCAGCGACACGGGCAUGUGGAACGACGAGAGAUGCAGCAAGAAGAAGCUCGCCUUGUGCUACACAGCGGCCUGCACCCCAGCAUCCUGCAGCGGCCACGGAGAAUGUGUGGAGACCAUCAACAACUACACCUGCCAGUGCCACCCCGGCUUCCGUGGGCUCAGGUGUGAGCAAGUUGUGACCUGUGAGGCACAGGAAGCCCCGGAGCACGGAAGCCUGGUCUGCACCCACCCUUUGGGCAACUUCAGCUACACUUCUUCCUGCUCUGCCAGCUGUGAGGAGGGCUACGUCCCGAGAAGCUCUGAGGCCACACGCUGCACUUCCUCUGGGGAGUGGAGCGGCCCUGCUCCGGCCUGCAAGGAGGUUGAGUGCGAUGCUUUGACAAAACCCGCCCAUGGACUCAUGGACUGUUUCCCGCGUCCUGGCCGCUUCCCGUGGAACACAACCUGUGCAUUUGAGUGUGAGGAGGGCUUUGAGCGCGUGGGGCCCCCACGCCUCCAGUGUACUUCAUCUGGGAACUGGGACGACGAGAAGCCAACGUGCAAAGCUGUGACGUGUGGCGCCGUCGGCCGUCCUCGGAAUGGCUCGGUGAGCUGUCGCCAUUCCCCUGCUGGGGAGUUCACCUUCACGUCCUCCUGCAACUUCACCUGUGAGGACGGCUUCCGGCUGCAAGGGCCAGCCCAGGUCGAGUGCACCACGCGUGGGCAGUGGACUCAGCCAGCUCCAGUGUGUGAAGCUUUCCAGUGCAAAGCCUUGUCCAGUCCAGAGAGAGGCCACAUGAAUUGUCUUCUGAGUGCUUCUGGAAGCUUCCAAAGUGGGUCCAGCUGUGAGUUCUCCUGUGAGCAGGGAUAUGUGUUGAAGGGAUCUGCAAGGCUCCAGUGUGGCCCCACGGGGGAGUGGGACAGUGAGAAGCCCACGUGUGAAGCUGUGACAUGUGACGCUGUCCGCCAGCCCCCAGGGGGCUUGGUGAGGUGCACCCACGCCCCUGCUGGAAAAUUUACCUACAAGUCGUCCUGUGCCUUCAGCUGUGAGGAAGGCUUCCAGCUCCGUGGAUCAGCUCAACUGGAGUGCACGUCUCAGGGACAGUGGACCCGGGAGGUGCCCUCCUGCCAAGUGGUACAAUGUUCGCGCCUGGCAGUCCCCGGGAAGAUGAACAUGAGCUGCAGCGGGGAGCCUGUGUUCGCUGCUGUGUGCACCUUUGCGUGUCCUGAAGGCUGGACGCUCAAUGGCUCUGCUGCUCUGACGUGCGGCGCCGCAGGACACUGGUCUGGGAGGCUGCCUGCCUGUGAAGCACCCACCGAUGCCAGCAUCCCCCUGCCAAUUGUUCUGUCUGCUGCUGGGACGUCCCUCUUGACGUUAUCUUCAUUUCUCUUCUGGCUUCUGAACCGUCUUCGGAAGAAAGCAAAGAAAUUUGUUCCUGCCAGCAGCUGCCAAAGCCUUCACUCCAGUGGAUCCUACCAAAUGCCUUCUGCGUUAGUUUAAGUCCAAAGGAAUCAGGAACACAAGUAAACUAGGAAGUUAGAGAAAUACCCUGAAGACGGAAGCUUUCCUCAUCUCUCAGACCCUGCUUCCCUACUUCAGAUUUACGGCUGGGACCUAGGUGCCCAUGAGAAUUUCGAAGGACCAAAAUCCAGUGGGCAAGGCCAGCUUGCUACCCAGAAGACUCAACGGCUCCUGGAGGGAAAGGACAUUCUCUUCCCGGGAAAAAGUGAACAGAUCAAGGCUCUGGAAUCUCAGAAUUAUUUCUUGAGCUCUCCCUUGCUCAUUGUGAAAUCUUGGUAGAGAAGCACUGUACUUUGUGACAUUGUUUCUUUCUGUUGCUCCUCAGUGUUUCAACUGCUGGCUACCAAGUUGCUGUCCCAGGGUUGAAUAAUAAUUGUCAAGAGUUUAGAGGAAACAAACUGGCCAACGAUAUUCUAUUACUGACUUGGAAAAAAAUGACAAAUUUUUAACGCCCGCAGCUGACUGCAUGGGAAAGGUUGUUAAUGGUGCAAAUCCUACGGAAUAUUCUGUGUAAAGACUACUAAACGCAGUCUUAAUCACGUUUAUCCCCAUGGGGCUCAAUCUCUUUAAAACGUUCUUAGAGAUUGUGUGUGUGUGGUUUUUACUUGCAUUGCGUAUGUAUUCCAUUAUUCUUAAUUCAGUUCAAGUGUUGUAGAGACUUGAAAAUAUGUAAAUGUAAGGACUAUGAUUGGGUAAUAAUUACUUACCCUAAAUCAACACCUCUUUGUUUAUUAACCAAGUCUAAUGUUACAUCUGUAGUGAGUGAAUGUAUUUCAAAAAAAGGGCAAAUACUGUCCCUUACCAAUGGAUAAUGUUAACCAGUGUGCAGUUCUGAAUGUUUCACUACAGUUGCUUUAAAAAACAUGAGUAGUAUUAGGAGAGUCAAAGCUAAAUGGCCUACACUUGUGUACUGCCAGGUAUUUUUUUCAGAAAUAUGGUUUCCAUGAAGCCAAAUGUUCUGAGUUGAUAAAAGCGAAUGAAUGAAGGUGCAAUUCUGUGAAUACCUUUGUUGAAAAGAACAUGCAGAAAUAUGGAUGUGCUCUGCAUUCCUAAAUGGAUGUUUGUCAGAUGUGACAUGUCAAUGUAUAAUUCUCGUAUAGCACAGAAGAUUUUAAAUCCAUGCUACGAACUCACCAUGUAAGGAAUUCAUCUAGUGGAUUUUUACAAAGUGAAGACGUCUAAUAAUGAUUUCCUAAUUGUUUUAUUGUUUGUUGGGCUGUUCUCGAAGAGAGGAAAGCCUGUACGAGCAACUAUUUAUACUUAUUUAUAAGGGAGUUUAAAGUUCCUAAGGAGUCUGGUGUCUGGUUGAUCAUUGGCAAUGAGAAACCCUCAGUCAGUGAUUGCCAAAGCUGCUCCAACCUCACAGCGUGCGACAAUGCAACCUCUCCCCCACUUCCAUCAACUUAGCAUGUGCUGAGAAAGCUAGUUUCAGAGGAGUAGACCCGCAAAGGCAGCGCUAAAAGGAAACUGGGAGAGAUGAUGAGGAUCAGAACAGCAGAGGUUUUUAAGGGGCAAAAGAUGCCGGAAAUAAGGGAGAGAGAAAAAUCCACCUUUGGUGAUCAGGCUACACAUGGAAUUAAUUAUCAUUUUAUCUGAAACUCUUCCAAUGUUGUAAAUAUUUAUGUGGACUGCACUGGAAAUAGCUGUGUGAAUGAAGUACAAA